CCUUGUGUUUUUUUAUAUUAUUUUAUUUAUACUAUCAAAUUAAGUUGAUAGCGAAAAAGACAGUUAACAUUUUUGUGCUUUGAUUAAGAGCUUGAAGAAAGUUUAAAGAACAUAGCCAUAGUGACCACUUGGAGAAACGCGCCAGACGAUGCAGCUCCUCCCGCUGGAGUUGAGGGAGGAGAAAACAGCCUUCAACCACUGCAGACCCCUCUGAGAUGGUGGAAGACUAUGACGAAAACGCCGAAUACAACAUGGACGACGAAUAUUAUGAGGAAUACCCUCAGCCCAUGGACGCGGAGGAGACGUUAGAAGCGGUGGUGCUCCGCGACUGGGUGACCACUCAGCAGUAGAAACUCGACACCCAAGAGGGUAAUAUCGCCGCCCUACAGGAGAUGGUUAACGCCAUGAGUGCUACUUUGGUGGCUCAAGGGUUGCGAGUGGACCCCCCUGGCACAGUACUAUCUAGGUAGCCAGUUGGUGUGCCACCUGUGCACCCAGCUAGAGUGCCACCUGUCAACCUAGCCGGUGUGCCUACAGAGCAUCCGACUGAUGUGGCGCAAGAUCCGCCAGCUGUCGUGCCCCUCGUGCACCCAGCUGGAGUUGGAGCCCCACCUGUGCCAUAGGAUCAUAGCAAGGGUAAGAUCGACGAGAGCCUUGCUCCCAAGCAAAAGAAGGCUUGUCGGAACCCCGAAGACAACCAAGCCCCAAGGCUAGCUGAUAAGGGUAAAGGCCUAGGUGCUUGAGGACAUCGCCAGGCUGUCCGUGCCCAUGGAGCUCAGGGCGUUCUGCCCAAGCGCGCCAAUAUUGAUCGCGCGAGGCCCGGAGGUGGUAUCCCCCCAGCACCUCGCCAUCACCAUAGGAAUAACGACCAAAGAGCCAACAGGCGAAACACCUCCGUUAAUCGAGAUUGCGGCAUCAACAUCUCAGUCAACAAUGAAAAUGUUGAGUUCGACGGUGAAAUGGAAGUAGCAUACCCCGAGUGCAGUGGUGCAUUUCGAGGCCAAACUGACCUACUAGAAGGCCUGAACGCUCGUAGGUGUAACAAGACUUUCGGGCGCGAACCCGGGAGGAAGGACCAGUCAGACCUCCAGGAUGGCCUUGAUGCUCGAAGCAGGGACAACCCGGCACAAAGUGCCAACCAAGACUAUGAUCCCCUUCGCGCGAAGUUACAGAGCUUGAAUAGGAUAAUGCUCACUUGAAUAGGAUAAUGCUCAGAAUGGCACGACGUCAGGGCCAUGACUCUGACUCGGAGGACGAGUAGCUGUAUGCUCCUCACAUUGUAGAAGCACCGUUACUGCGAGGCUUUAAGAUGCCUUCCAUCACGUCCUACGAUGGUAGUACGGAUCCCACCGAUCACCUUUCGAAGUUCAAUAGGUUGAUGUCAGUACAUCGCGUUUCCGAAGACGCCAAGUGUCAUAUGUUCCCGAUAACCUUGAUGGGACCAGUAGAUGAAUGGUUCAAGAAACACAGGCCGGGAUCCAUUCAUUCGUGUCAUCAACUGUCGUCUUCAUUCCGAAGGCAAUUCAUAGCUGCUCGCAAGGUGAGCUUUGGAGUCAACGCUUUGACCAACAUAAAGGACCCUUCGAGGCCUUCAAAGCUUACAUCAAACACUUGAAGGAGGAAGUUGCAAGAAUCAAGAGAGUUGACGAUGGCCAGCAGCUAAUGGCCUUACAGGCUGGCAUUCGUGCGGGGUCCCCGUUAUGGGAUGACCUGCAGCGGAGAGUGUGCCAAAAGCUCGACGACUUCAUCCGUCGAGCACAAGAGUAUAUCAACUGGGAGGACGCCCAGAUCGGAGCAUUUCAGGGCCUGUCGCCUUUCCCGCUUCGACGACGCCAGGCCCCGUGGCCUCGGGGACCCAAUAUCCACCCUUCGCUCCUGUCCAACCAAGUGUGGCGGGAGCCCAGUCCAGUCUAAUUGUCCCGCCAGUUGGCUUUACUGCCGUGCCACCUGAUGGUUUCAGUGCGGCUCCGACGGGAUAUGGAGUAGCGCCUACUGGAUACAGUGCUUACCAGCUUGCAUUCAGUACUAGAGUUGCUGUUCCAUCCUAGUCCGCUGCACCCAUCCAAACCCCUAGUAGCAGUAGAUGCGAGGGUAAAGGCAAGGGCAAAAAGCCCAGGGGAAAUACGUCUCGCAGUACUCCGAGUAUACUGACUUAGUGGGCUCUCAGGAGAAAUCUUUGCGGCCACAGAACAACACGUUCAUUACCGGAAGCCACAGGCCAUUCGGAGAGACAGGGAAGAUGAGAUCCCAACAAGUUUUGUCGUUUUCAUAACGAUGUAGGGCACCACACAAACGAGUGCCGCCAACUCAAGGAUAAGAUUGAAAACCUAAUCAAAUUGGGACACCUUCGCCAGUAUGCUCGAGAUGGAGCACGCCAGGCUAAGGCCCCGGCCGCAAUAACUCCGGCACAACUCGCAGCUCCGCAGCAUCAGAUAGUACACGAGCCUCCUCCAGUGAAUGGAUGGUGUAGGGUUUGUUCAUUGGCAUCAGACCUGUAUUUGCUGCUUCCUCCGAGAUGCCAAGUCGAAGGGGUCUUGUCGCCAGGGGGCAAGAUCCUCUCGCACCACGAGAGCUUGACUGCUGCUAGCCACUUGCUUCGGUGUCGAAGGCGUAGAACCCUUGGGUGAGUAGUUGGUGGAGCUCCUCGGACAUCUGAAACAACAUACCAUGCAGUUAGCGUUGUCUCGAAGAAAAAUUGGUCAAAACUAGUAUCCCUAAGACAACUGUUCGGAGAGGAGAUAAGAAAUUCUAAGGACGCAGGGUGUUAUCGGGGCCAAAAAAAUCAGCACCGAAGAACAUUGGAAAUUAUGAAAACUGCCGGAAUGUGGGAAUUUUCUUCCCAGAUUCCGGUCAAAUGUCCAGAAAGACAAAAGUUGUCUAAGGUGUGCAGAAAGCCGUUUUGACCACUUAUAACACCAAAAUGUGCCUAGAAAGACCUAUAGAAGGUCAAAACAACCCUUCAAGUACCACAAAAAGCCUGUUCCUAAACAUGCAUCUAAACUCUCAAAUUAAGCUUGACACAAACACAAAACCAAUAAAUACUUACUCGAGAUGUAGUGCAGGUAGGUGCUGAAACAAGUUCGAACAUUGAAAAAUCGCUUGUCGUUCGCCCAUAAAUAAGACGAUUCUCGCCAAUUGUCCAGAAUUGUAGAGGAGGAUUAGGGAUUGGUGACGGACUGGGAAGUUUAAGAGAAGAGAGAAUUUGGAGGUUUUGAAUUUCGAAUUGUUAAAGUGCAUACUGAGAGGCAGUUCUCGAGUUUUUAUACUCGCAGAACCUGGGGUGAAAGCAAUUUCACCCUGACCGUCGGAUUACCUACGACAUAGGUACACGAGAUCAAUCCAACGGUCAGAAUCUAAAAGGCACAGAUCGUAAUCAUUAGCUUGGGAAAAUGAUGCCUUGGCACAGAGCGAGAGGACACUUACGGUACAGAUUUGACGUUUUGGGCCGUGAAGUUGACCCCUCAUUAAUUGCACGGAUUGAUGGGCCCAGCAAUAGGGAGUCAACAUGUGGUGUGACUUUCCAGAGUGACGUCAAGGGAAGCCCAAACGUCUUCCCCCUGAAGACCUUUUCGAAUUACUCCACAGUAGGGCUGCACAUCGGGUGGGUUGGUCAGGUUCGGGUUAGUUGGGUUCAGGUUUGUCGGGUUUCGGGUGAGAGAAGGUAAUACGGAACCUGCCUGAAAUGAUGUCGGGUUAGAACGGGUUCGGAUCGGGUCAGAUGGGGGAACCUCGUGUUCGGGUGGGGAAGAAGUGUAACCGAACCCGACCGAAAUAGACUCGGGUGGGGAAGAAGUGUAACCACCCGUGAUCUCUGCAAUAUAUCAAUAAAUUCCAUAUAUUAUAUACUUCCAUAAAUAUGAUUCAAACAAUGAUUACAAUUAAAAUACUAAAUAAAAGUUUGUAUAACAACUUACCAGACUCGAGAAUCUCUGAUGUUUUUAGCACUUCUACUUCAUCCAUGUAGUCUCGAACAAUGAUUGGUUGAUGUGAACUGCUCCACCAGUUUUUGAGACAUUAAAUAUUCAACCAUUUUAGGACUUAGUGAGCUCCUAAAAGGGUCUAAAAUCCGACCACCAGUCGAAAAGGCAGCCUUAGAAGCAACUGUUGUAACUGGUAUGGCUAACACAUUACAAGCAAUGGUUGACAGGAUCUUGUACUUGGAUGCAUUUCUGGCCUACCAUUUCAAAAUGUCAAAGUUUUCACCCUCAAUCAUAAGUUCAACAUCCUCAGUUAGAUACCUAUCAACUUUAUUCUUUGUCUUACCACCAUCUUCCUCUUUCAUUUGUUGUACAAACUCAUCAUGCAACGAAUCAUACUUCUUCAAACUAGAAUUGGAAGUGAAUGAGGAAGAGGAAGAUCCAUUAGGCUGAGGCUGAAGUAAUGUAGAACCCCUACCACCAUACAAAUCAAACAGUGAUCGUAAUGUUUGUUCUACCUCAUUAAUCAUCUGAGCGUAUGUCAGUGGACCAUAAAAAGCUUUGAAGCAAUGAUUGAGAUCAUGGUUUAAAAAAACGUUUGAGGCGUACGCCUCGAGGCGCGCCUCGAGGCGAGGCGGUGAAAAAACGUAUCUGAGGCGCCGCCUCAUAGUGUGGCAGUGAGGCGCACGCCUCACGUGGGUGAGGCGGUCCGAGGCGGUCCGAGGCGUAUGCCUCAUGAUCUUGAUUUUUUAUGGCUGUUUUAUUGCCUCAAACCGUGGGGCCUUUUUCAAAAUAAUGAUUUGGGCUUUUUUUUUAAUUAAAUGGGCUUAAAAUUUGGGCUUAAGUGAUCAGAUUUUAAGUUAAAAAAACCCUAAGUUUCUCCUAUUUCCCUCUUCUCUUUCUCCUUCACGGCAGAACCAACAUCUCCCAUCUUUCUCUCUUUUCUUUCUCCUUCACGGCAGCACCAAGCUCUCCCUCACACUUCACAGCAAGCUCCAACUGCACAGUAGGCUCUCUCCAUCAUCCAAGCUCUCCCUCACACUCUUUUCAUUUCUCUCAUUUUCAAGCAAGAAGCUCUCUCCUCUCACCCAUCAUCUCAGUUUUUUUUUUUGACCUCUUUUUCUCAAAGUCAAGGCAGCUACCAGCCUUAGUUUUUGUCAAAGUUGAUUAUUUUAGAAAGUUGCUGAAUUUAAGUUGGGAAGGAUGAGUAGAAAAGAUCCUGCUUGGAAGUAUAGUGUUGAAAUAGAAGUGCCGGAAAAAGGUGGAAAAAAAGGAUACAAGUAUUUAAAGUGUAAUUUUUGUAGUAAAGAUAUUAAGGGAGGGGUGAAGAGAGUGAAAGAACAUCUUGCUUGUACACACAAAGAUGUAAAACCAUGUCCUAAAGUACCUAAAGAAGUCAAGGAGGAGAUAAGUCAAUAUUUGAAAGACUAUGAAACUACAAAAUUUAUUUCUCAACGAAAGUUUGAUGAGGCGGUGGAUUGUGGAUCCUACUUUGGUGAUGGACCUAGUGGUUUUGGUAGUGGCAAUCCUUUGGAGGGUGUGAAUUCUUGUCCUAGCAAUAGUUCUAGAGGUGUUAGAGGGCCUAUGGAUCGAUUUAUGGAGAAUAAAGGAGAUGAGGAAAAUGAAAAAAAUACCGCUGCCACAAAAAUGACUCCAACGAGUGCUAAAGAGCAUCGAAAUCAAGUAUGUUUAGAUAUUGGGAGAUUCUUUUUUGAGAAUGGGAUCCCAUUUAAUUGUGCAAGAAGCCCAUCAUAUUUCAAUAUGUUGCGUUCGGUUGGGAAUUAUGGUCGAGGAUUGAAAGCUCCAACAAUGCAUGAAAUGAGGACUUGGAUACUAAAAGAAGAAGAGAAGACAACAUCCGAAAUUGUGAAUGAGAUCAAAGCAACAUGGAAACGAACAGGGGUUUCAUUAUUAUCAGAUGGUUGGUCAGAUAUGAGAAAUAGGAGUCUGAUCAAUUUUCUAGUUAACAAUCCCUAUGGGACUGUUUUUUUGAAAACUAUUGAUGCAUCAGAUUGUGUAAAAGAUGCACAAAAAUUGUUUGAAUUGCUUGAUGAUGUUGUUGAAGAAAUUGGAGAAGAUAUUGUCAUUCAGGUGGUCACAGAUAAUGCAAGUGCAUACAAGGCUGCUGGAAGAUUAUUAAUGGAGAAGAGAAAAAGUUUGUAUUGGACUCCGUGUGCUGCUCAUUGUAUUGAUUUGAUGCUUGAGAAAAUUGGAGAAUUGCCACAACAUAAAAAUGCUUUGCUUAAAGCAAAGAGAGUUAGCAAUUUCAUCCAUAACCAUCAAUGGGUGUUGAGUUUAACAAGAAAAUUUGCAAAGAAAGAUCUUCUUCGACCAGCUGUCACACGAUUCGCCACUGCCUUUCUAACUUUAGAAAGUAUGCAUCAAUUGAAGCAACCACUACAAAUGAUGUUUGUUUCAAAAGAAUGGUCAAGUUGUGCAUGGGCAAAGAAACCUGAAGGGAAAGCUGUGAAGAAAAUCAUAAUGAAUGAUAAUACAUUUUGGCCUAGUGUGGUUUAUUCCAUAAAAACCACAAAGCCCCUUGUGAAUGUUUUAAGAAUAGUUGAUGGUGAGAGGACACCGGCAAUGGGAUUUAUUUAUGGUGCUAUGGAUGAGGCAAAAGAAAAGAUAGCAAAGAACUUAGAUGGAGACGUGUCUUCAUAUAAGGAGAUUUGGGAGAUCAUUGAUCAAAAGUGGGAGUUUCAAUUGCAUCGCGACUUGCAUGCAACUGCAUAUUACUUGAAUCCUCGAUUCAGAUGGAGUCCCAAUGUUUCCGAGCAUCCAGAGAUUAAAACUGGUUUGUAUAAGUGCAUGGAUAGACUCAUCAAGGACCAAGAAACAUAUGUGAAGGUCGAUGCCCAACUUGAUGAGUAUAAAUACAAGCGAGGAUUGUUUGGCUUCAGAUCAUCCUUAACAUCAUACUUAACACGUCCACCUGUUGAAUGGUGGGACAACUUUGGAGAUGAAGUUCCAGAACUCAAGUCAUUUGCAACAAGAGUUCUAGGUCUUACUUGUUCAGCAUCGGCAUGUGAACGUAAUUGGAGUACGUUCAAUCAAGUGCACACAAAGAGAAGAAAUCGUCUGAGCACAAAAAAGAUGAAUAGUUUGGUGUACAUUAUGUACAACAAAAAGUUGAAGCACAAAUUUUUUAAGAAACAAUCACGAAGAGAGGAAGAUGAUCCUUUGAUUGUUGAAAAUGUGUCUUCUGAUGAUGAAUGGGUAGCCAAUCCAAAUGAUGAAGAGGAUGGUGAUAGUAGAGCAAUCGAAGUUGGUGGGGAAAUUGAGAUUGAGGAUGAGGGCGGAAGUUUAGCACCGAGGAAGAGGAAAAGAAAUCAAGCACCAAUUGAAGUGAAUUUGGAUGAGGAAGAUGAAUUUGAAGGAGGAGAAGAUGACAGUGAAGAUGGAGAUGAUGGACGAGCUAUACAAUUUCAUGAGAGUGAUGAUGAAGAAAGUGAAGAGUUCUUGGAGAUUUAAUGCAUUUUAUUUAUGAUUUUAAGACUUAUAACUAGAACUUUUAUGACUUUGAUAUGGACUUAUGUGUUGUUUGUUAUGAAUUCUAUGAAUUUUAUGAAUUUUAUGAAAUUUCAUGAAUUUUAGGAUAUUUUAUGAAUUUUAUUAUAUUUUUUAAAUUUUAUUUGUUCUUAUAGUUGAGGCGUACGCCUCGUUGCGCCUCGAGGCUUACGCCUCGCGGUACUAAGAGAAAACGCCUCGCCUCGCGAUUUCGCCUUUCAAAACCUUGAUUGAGAUACUUGAGUUUGUAGCUU